AUGCGAAAGCCAAGAAACGCCAUGCUAAAUACCAACCUACCGGCGGUGCUGCUGGGAGUGGCCGUGUUGGCGCUGAUCGGUCCAGCCUGCGGUCAGCGUACGCCAACCAUCUCCUACAUCACGCAGGAACAGAUAAAGGAUAUCGGUGGCACGGUUGAGCUGGCCUGCUCGGUCCAAUAUGGAUCCGAAUACUCGGUGCACUGGGUCAAGACGACCAACGAUCGCUCGGAUGUGGUGUUCCUUUCGACUGGCAGCUCGCUCGUGCUGAAGGAUUCACGCUUCUCCCUGCGCUACGAUCUGUCCUCCACGACCUACACGCUGCAGGUCAAGGACAUUCAGGAGACGGAUGCCGGCAUCUACCAGUGUCAGGUUGUGCUUUCGGUGACGAACAAAAUCACCGCCGAGGUGACGCUUAAUGUGCGCCGACCUCCCAUCAUUUCCGACAAUUCCACCCAAUCGUUGGUCGUCUCUGAGGGCAAACCCGCCCAGAUGGAGUGCUACGCAUCAGGUUUCCCAGUGCCGCAGAUUACCUGGCGACGCGAAAACAACGCCAUCCUACCGACAGGUGGUGCCACUUUUUCGGGCAACGUGCUUAACAUCCACUCGGUGCAAAAGCAGGAUCGUGGCACGUACUACUGUGUGGCUGAUAACGGAGUCAGCCGAGGCGAUCGGCGUAACGUCAACCUGGAGGUGGAGUUCGCACCGGUUGUGACCGUACCGAGACCACGUGUCGAACAGGCGCUCCAGUACGACAUGGAUCUUGAGUGCCACAUUGAGGCGUACCCGCCACCGGCCAUUCGCUGGUUGAAGGACAGCGUCCAGCUAUCCAGCAACCAGCACUACACACUGUCUCAGUUCUCGACGGCUGACGAAUUCACCGACUCGACACUGCGUGUUGUCACCGCUGAGAAGCGCCAGUACGGGGAGUAUAUCUGCCAGGCGACGAACAAGCUGGGCGAUGCUGAAGGACGUGUGGAGUUCACCGAGUCCGUCAUUCCCGUGUGCCCGCCGGCAUGUGGGCAGGCACGUUAUGGUGGCGGUGCAAGCGCACUGUCCGUUUCGAGUGUCCUGAUGGCGGUGGCUACUAUACUGACGAUGAUUGUGAUCGCGCAGUACGUGAAACGGGCGUAAGAGCGUACCGGAGUACGAUCGCAGGCAGGACAACACCAACCCAACAACGCAUUCCAACGUAACGUUCACCUCAGGCUCAAGUCGAACCAAACCGUCAAAGAAUCACAACCGAAGGAAGAUCGAUCGCUGUAGAAUGACCUUAAUGAAUCGAUGUUUGAUAUACAGAGCUAGCAUAUCCGAAUCUCAGGUCGAUCGCUCAGGCAAUCAGAAAGAAUCCAUAAUUUGAAAUAACCAUACAGUUUCUAAAGAGCAGCGGAAUAUAUAUGUAUUACGAAAGUGACCAAUCUUUACAAUAGGCAGACAGUGCGACAGAAAGCUAUCGUGGCGACGGAAGAUAUGUGCUUCGACUCGAUCCUCUCAGAUACAGUUACAUACACAUAUCGAUUAAUACACUACAAAAAAAGGAGUAGGCAAUGUAGGCUUAGUUCUGACCUCUGACCUCUGAAAUUUUAAUCUUUUUCCUUGCGUUGACGACAAAGGAUGAAAUCCUGACAAUCGUGUGUGUAGACCAGAGUGUAUUUGGAAUCAGUGAGAAUAAAAAACCCUGAAGUGUAUGAGACACUCAUCGAAAAAAAUUUCCGUGCUUUCGAGCACAAAUUACUAGAAUCAGUAAACGUAGCGAAACGGUUAACAUAAAGGCAAACAAUUGAUUCCCUCCAAGGUAUCUGUGAAAAUGAUAGCUCUUGUACGUAGGAAGGAAAUAUGUUCGAGUUUCCUCGGAUUAGCCCCUUAAGGGCUUGCAGUGCUUUUCAUGCAAAAGCGCGAGGAAAUAGAAUAGUCCAUAGCUUGUGGCGGCGAUAGAAGGAAUAGUGUGUAGCCCCUUUGCAACAAACGCAAUAGGUGCAGUUUCGCUUUUAUCUCAUGUAAAUGACGCGCGGCACUCUCAGAAGAUGUUACGAGUGGGUGGUACGCAGCCAAUUUGGAGAUUUUUUCAAGGAAAAGUCCUUUUUUCUACUGAAACAUAUUGCCCACUAGCUAAACGAUAGUGCUAUACAAACAUUUUCUAGCGUGUUUUUCGUAAAUAAGCAAUACGUAUCGAUAGGGUUACAGUGUAUGCUAGUAAAGAAGCUAAAAUGCGGCAAACUGCCUCAAAAUUGCGCGUGAGUGAGGAGCGAAGCGCUAAAAUACAUACGCUUAAGCAAUUUGUUUAGUUUCGCUUUGCGUUUAUUUCGGAGCAAGUGUAGCAGCAGUUCAAUUGAUUUUCUUCAGUUUCGAAUAAUACCUUUCAAGUGAACGAGAACCGUUCAAAAGUGAAAUGCAAAAGAGUUAAUGAGCAGGAUAGGCGCGAGAAAAUAGUGUGUGAAUACAUACAGAAAACGACAAACAAAUA